AUGAAAACUUUAGCAAGAAUUUUCCUGGGACUUUUUGUCUUUGAUGCUGCUUUGGCCGCACCUACCCUAGGAUCUAUUAACUAUGACUCUGAAACCUACGACAUGACAUUGGAAGACCUAGAUAAUUUCUACAAUUAUGAAAAUCUACGUAUUGAUCAAUCAGAGAUUGAAAUUGUGACUGUGAUGCCUUCUGGAAAUAGAGAGCUUCCUAGCCCGCCACCCCUGUCCCUGGAGCCAGAGGAGGAAGAAUCUACUGCCAAACUGAUUGAUGGCUCCUCCCCAAAUGGGCAAGAAUUCAUUGGUGUCCUUGGUCCUCAAACCAAUGAAGACUUUCCCACCUGCCUCCUAUGCACUUGUAUGAGCACCACUGUCUACUGUGAUGACCAUGAACUUGAUGCUGUCCCUCCUCUGCCCAAGAACACAGCCUAUUUCUAUUCCCGAUUUAAUAGAAUAAAAAAGAUCAACAAAAAUGACUUUGCACAUCUAAGUAUGCUCUGA